ACUCCUUGGUAGCAGGUACGGCGUCAUUCUUGGGCCGUGUGCUGAGGCGCAUACACGGGGACGAUUCAGUUCGUCUCCAAGGAGGAAGGAACAUGGCCGGGGUGUUCGUUCUCGGCAAGUUGACCACCGAGAAGCUGUGACAAAGUUCUUUGCGUACAAAAAAAAGGUUUCAUCAUGCACUGGAAGCAACACUCUGAUGGUUUAUGCAUCGUUGGUCUGCGAGGGGGAGUGCAACCCAGCUAUCCAGCACGGAGCGCCUCGACGUCGAGGGCGUCUGGUCGCCUCACCACCCUGCAGAACUCCCAACGACUCUUUGUCAGUCCUGCACCGAAACGGAAGUCACCGGCCGUUGGGGGCGCACUGCCCGAUAUCAGCCAAGAUGCUCACCGGCCGGUCGACUACGACAUGGGCGUGCAGGGAAAGGCCAAGGUUAUCCACCCCAGUAUCACCAGUCCACGAGAUGUAGGUACACCGAUUUUGUCCUGCGAUGGACCGUCUUACAGGACGAAACAAAACAGCCUCAUCUCCGAGAGAGCCGAGUCCAAAUCGUCCCAGCCUGCCGUUCACCUGAGCUACCCGCAGCACGCACUGCGGACUCGGUCGCCGGCCUCCAACAGCGUUGCCUCCCUGGGAGACCUGAGCGUUACUACGGUCAGCUUAUCCUCGCGGACCCCGUCUUCACGGAAGACUCCAAACUCGGAGUUCGGGAGCAGCAUCAGAGACGGUGACAGUGAGUUCUUAUCCGAGAUCCUUGGGGAGUAUGUCUCACCCCCACCCUCUCCGUUCACCGGAGCGAUUGAGGAGCCCACGCCGGUACCUCGCAGUACACCACGGCGGGUACCUCCACCCAGCACCUACCACUCCAAGCUCCUCCACAUGCGCUCCCUACUCAGAGACAACGGUCAUCCUUCGGACUCCGUCACCACCCAGACUAUUGAACUAGAGAAGGGCAACAUUCAGUCCUUCAAGAAGCUCCUCAUCCUGACGCAGAUUCCGAAGACCAAUUCCAAGAGUCCCAAGUCGAAACCGAGCAGUGACUCCACCGCCGAGAGCGAAUCAACAGGGUCGUCCACCUCCGAGAGCACUCACAGAGAACGAAACAUGUUACUCGGUUUGCAUCAGCUUUCUCGGCAGAAUGCGUCUCGGAGAAACAGCAGUCCAGGCGAGAGCAGAAUCGAUACCGACGCUUCGAUUCUUGAACCGGAACGUCCGACUGUGCCUUCGAAUACACCCACUGCGGAGGAGCGCCCAGUCAAGACAUUGGUGGAUCAGUGGCUGGGGGACUGUCCGGUGGUUGGGACUCGAUUAGAGACGGAUUCCACGAAACGACGUAUCGAAUUCAGCGUACCGAGUAUCGAAGAGGAGGAAGCAGAAACGUGACUGACUGUAAAACUUCACGGUACAAACUAUGCGACAAUUUUCUGGUCAACGACAAAAUGUUGGGUCACUUUUAUUAAACAGACAGCAGCAGGAAAACAUUAUAGAUAAGAUAAGUCGACUGAAACAAUCUGUGAGAAUAAACCUCCACUUCACAAUUAUCAUGAAAGUGCGCCCUCAUUUUGAAUGCAUGUACAGUUAUUGCAAAUUCCGAUGGAAGCUAAAUAUGACAUGUAUAAAAUCACAUUUAUCCUAAAGGCUGUUAAACCUGUUGAUUGGAUUGGCUCAUUCCUUACGUCAUUGUUUUAUGUGCACCUUAAAAUUGAGUUGAUUGAGUGGUAUGUAAACCGUAACUACGCUAUUACAUAAAACGGUCAUACUAUUUCUGAUGAUGUCUCAAUUAAUAAAUAUCUCACAAAUUUA